AUGAGGGCCUUCAACACUUUAUCAUUCCUUUGGGUGUUGCCUACCGUUUUUGCCUUCAGUCAUCCUGGCCUCCUUGUAACUGAUCAAGAUAUCGCCCGAGCGAAGACCAAGAUUGCCGCUGAGAAAGAACCAUGGAUUGGUUCCUGGAACAAGCUGAUUAGCCUCGAAUUUUCCAGUGCCUCUUACACGAACAACGCCGUGAGCAGUAUUGCUCGUGCUGAAAAUGGGGAGCUCCUGUGGCACGAUGCGGCUGCUGCAUUCAACCUUGCCCUGCGCUGGAAGAUAUCUGGGAACGACUCGUAUGCCGCAGCCGCGUCCGACAUCCUUAUGGCCUGGGCGAGUAAGCUGCAAGCCCUCACCGGCGGCGGAGACGACGACUACCUAACCGCCGGGCUACAGGGCUACGAGCUUGCUAAUGCUGCCGAAUUGUUGAGGGACUAUGCACCAUUUGCCGACAACGGUUUGUCUGCCGUCACCUCUAUGAUGACAACCAUCUUCCUGCCGAUGAACGUGGACUUCCUCAAUCACGUCCUGGGGUCGGAGCACAACGUCAAGCACUUCUUCGCCAACUGGGAGCUCUGCAAUGUCGCUUCCGCCAUGGCCAUUGGUGUUCUCGCCGACAACCGAACCGCCUGGGACUUCGCGGUGGACUACUUCAAGAAUGGAGUUGGCAACGGCGCGAUCGGCAACACCAUCACGAACAUCGUGGAGGAGCCGGGCACUGGUAAACCCCUAGGCCAGGGCCAGGAGUCGGGCCGUGACCAGGGACAUUCCUCUCUCAAUUUCCAGCUGCUCGGGGCCAUCGGCCAGCAGGCAUGGAACCAAGGCGAGGAUCUUUUUGCCUACAAUAACAGUCGUAUUCUUCUCGGUGCAGAAUACUUCGCUCGGUACAAUCUUGGCUACGACGUCCCGUUUGAACCCUACACCAAUGGCAUCGUGAGCUACACUACCAUCAGUUCCGCAUCUCGGGGUGCCAUUCGGCCAAACUGGGAGCUUUUGUACGCCCAUUACGUCCAAAUCAAGGGCCUCGACGCGCCAUGGACAACUAAAUACCUCAACAAUACAUUAACUUUCUUCGGCGGCUUUGAAGGAGGAGCGGGAUCAUGGGGUGAGGGUUCUGGCCACUAUGAUGGACUUGGCUGGGGUUCCUUGCUGUACCAUUUGGAUGAGUCCGAUCUCGAUACCUUGCCAUCAGUCCCUUCAGCCAUUGAGACUUCAACAGCGGUCAGCUCAACGGCCGUUUCUUCGAUUUCCACCAGCGCAGCCACUAGUACUGCGUUGCCCAACGCGAGCACACUCUCCGCCGCCGACGCUACAUUGAGUACCUCCAGCAUCGCACCUGGCACGACCACUCCUACCAUGACCACUCCUACCACGCCGUAUGUUAGUAUGCAGUCUUCCCUCCCAUCGACAACUGAACUCAGCACGCCCGUCACUGGCAAGCCGCAGACUGAGCACAGCCGCACUGGAAAAGUCUGCCCGGCUAGAAAAGGACGCAAACACCGACACCAAAAGACACGUAGACAUAUCUGA